ACACGUGUGGAUCGUUACUCCAACGAGUUCACUCGCAUUUACCUUCUGGCUGACAUUCCCCAAUGAAACGAAUAAUAAUGCGUAAAUUUGCAUCUAGUGUAGUUUAGUUAUUUUAGCUUUUACCACCUUGUUUAUAGAUAUUAGUCAUUUUGACGUUUUAUAGUUAACGUUACUGCCAUGGCUGAUGAUGUGUUGAUGCUCAACAUCUCUUCAGAUCCUUUCAAGUGUCCCACCAAUUAUUACCAGCGAUCUCUUUUAUCAGCAGAAAAAUAUUCAUGGAAAGGAAAAAAGAAGAAAUCGCUGAAAAGAAAGGCUGCCUUCGAGCCACAGGAGAACAGCGCCUUCAAACAGAGGAAGAUUAAUCAAACUGGUCAACAGCACACACAUACGCAAAAGCUGCAGUCCCCCAGAAGCCCAUCUCAGAGGAAUAAUAAUAGACACACAGAGGAGACCGGGGACCAGAGAGAAAACUCAGCUGCACAAUCCCCAUCAAAGGUGAAAACAUUUCCAAAGAAAGCUCCCGAAGAACAUAAAGACCAUGGCAGACCAUUUAUCAAGACAUCCUCUCUCUUCAAGAACAACCCAGUGAUCCAUGAUGUUCACAGUCCUGCAGUAACUCAAGUAAAAGAGAACGUUUUCACAAACAACACGUUUGAAGAGCUAAAUCUGCAUCGUCAUUUGGUGGCAACUCUUGAGAAGGUGUUGAAAGUGACCAGUAUGACCAGUGUACAGAAACAGAGCAUACCGGUGCUGAUGAUUGGUAAAGAUGCUGUGAUCCGUUCCCAGACUGGAUCAGGAAAAACAUUGGCCUAUGCGAUUCCAAUGGUGCAAUCCCUACAAGCAAUACAACCAAAAGUGAAGAGAUCAGAUGGACCUUUGGCUCUUAUCAUUGUUCCAACCCGAGAGCUUGCCCUGCAGACCUUUAAAAUGUUUCAGAAUCUUAUGAAAGCUUUCAUCUGGAUCGUGCCAGGAGUUCUGAUGGGAGGUGAGAAAAAGAAAUCCGAAAAAGCCAGACUUAGAAAAGGGAUUAAUGUUCUGAUCUCGACCCCCGGGAGACUGGUGGACCACAUCAGGAACACUCUCAGCAUUGUUUUCAGUUCUGUGCGCUGGCUCAUUCUGGAUGAAGCUGACAGGACUCUGGACCUGGGCUUUGAGAAAGAUCUGACUGUGAUUUUGAAUGCUCUAAACUCCACUGGAAUUGCCCGACAGAAUGUGCUGCUUUCAGCCACUCUCAACGAAGGCCUGUCCCGAUUAGCCAGCAUCAGUAUGAAGGACCCAGUGACCAUUCACGUGUCAGAGGGAAGCAAGGGGAUGACUCUGGCGGUUCCCCAGACGGGUAUUCAGGCUCUGUCAGACAGCUAUUCCGUUCCUGAGAGACUGAAGCAGCAUGUGGUGGUAGUGCCCAGCAAACUCCACCUGGUCUGUCUGGCAUCCUUCAUUCUGGCCAAAUGCAAGUUCGAGUGUGGGCAGAAAGUGAUCGUGUUCAUGUCCAGCUGUGACGUUGUGGAGUUUCUUCUCACACUCUUCACUAAAGUUCUGUGUGCAAAGUCCGACAGCAGCCCAGCCAACCUUUUCAACUUGUACAAGCUCCACGGCAACAUGAAACAAGAGGAGCGCACCGAGGUCUUCCAGGAGUUCUCCCAGUGUCAGACUGGCAUUCUGCUAUGCACAGAUGUGGCUGCACGUGGAUUGGAUCUGGCCCAGGUUACAUGGAUUGUACAGUACAACCCUCCCUUUUCUGUGGAGGAAUACGUUCAUCGCGUGGGCCGCACAGCUCGAAUCGGAGCUCAGGGAAGCAGCCUGCUUUUCCUCACCCCCUCUGAGACGGCCUUUGUGGACGUGCUGGCCAAUCACAACAUCAGUUUAUCAGAAAUGAAGAUGAUCUCCAUCUUGUCCGCUUUGAUGCGGGACAGCCGCUUCAAAGGCAGAGGGAAAUGGGACAGUAAGGGAUCAGGUGCUGCUUUUGAACAGGAGGUGCGGGAGAGAGCCACUGUUUUACAGACAGACUUUGAGAAUUAUGUUCAUGCCAAUAAUGAGUCACUGCAAACAGCUAAGAGUGCUCUGCAGUCUUUCCUGAGAGCGUACACCACCUACCCCUCCAGUCUGAAACAUAUCUUCCACAUCCGCAGUCUGCACCUGGGCCACGCUGCUAAGAGCUUUGGCCUGAGGGACGCACCUAAUGGCCUGGCCGGCUCCAUAACCCCUUAUCCUGCCAACUGCAAAGACAGAAAGAAGGGAAAAGACAAGAGGACACCUCCCACGAAACUCACAACAAAGGAGCGUGCAUCAAACCUUAUCCGAUCUGAGUUUUUCAGUGGGGUUGAGGGACAAUCCAAGUCUAAGAAGAGGAGGAUAAAGAGGAAAGGUAACACAGAGGAUUCUGAUGCUGCUUGAAGAGGAAACUUUAGGAGCAGAGAAGUGCUGAGGUCAGAGCACCUGCGUCCAGAUGGAUUCAUAGGUGUUCUCAAGCAGAAUGGGAGCUGCAUGGUUUGAAAACUUGCCUUAAACAUGCAGAUGGUUCUCUACGGUCACUUUUGUGCUGUUAAGUUCUUACAAAAGUGUUUUCAUAAAAUAUUUUCUGUAACUAUUUAAACAGUGUGAUUUACAUUGAAGAGCGGUUGCAUUUAUGGACAUGUUUUCAACAAAAUGUUAUUAAAAUAUAAAACAUUGGUUUUGACAUAAAAGGA